AUAAACACACACACACACACACACACACACACAGAGUGAACGAGCAGUUACCAUAGAAACAAUAACGUAUCAGAACGAGCACGUUAAUAUAAACCUGUGCUACUGUUAGAGCUGCUGUUCUUCUGACCAAUCACAGUCCAGAACUCAGCAGCGCCGUAGUGUAACUACUGUUAAUAUCACGCUUUACUUUUAUUAACAUAUAAAACCCUGUGCAGGACAGAAACGGUGAUGAGGAGUUAAAGCCCACACUGAGUUGAGAGACGAUGACGCACCAAAACAUAACUCCUGGAGUCACAGGAACAGACAUGAGAGCCUUAAGCAGUGCAGUGUGACGAGAGAGAGAGAGAGACAGAGAGAGAACGACAUCAGGACAGAGAUGGAGGAUGGAAGCCUGGAAGAUCGCAGCGUGGAGGUCCUUCAGAUCCCCGAUGACUUGGAUGACGACCUGCUGUUGCUCUACUUUGAAAACAGGAGGAGGUCUGGAGGAGGGAACGUCAUUUCUGUGAAGAGGACAGGAGACAAAGCCGUACUGGUGUUUGAAAAUGUGAAGGAUGCGAUGGGAGUCGUGCAGAAAAGCCCCCACACUCUCAGCGAUGCCAGACUGAUUGUACGCAAAAAACCCCCAAAGGAUGAUGGGAAACUAGUGCUGCGCGGCCUCUCUCAGACCACCAACCGUGAUAUGCUGGAGCUUUACGUGGAGAACCUGACAGGGGUCGACACGGAUAACUACACCCUCUAUCUGUCUCCGGGGAAAGACCUGGUCCUCAUUCAUCUCCACCAGCCUGCAGCCGAGGAUUUUGAGAAGAUGCGCAGCAAAGUUUCCAAGCGAGCGCUGGACGGGGCGAGGCUCACUCUGGAGCAGGUGGAGUGCACAGACUCCGUCGUGGUGGGAAACCUGACCCCCGACCUGACCGACGAUCUGCUCACGCUGUACUUUGAGAGCAGCCGCAGCGGAGGAGGGGACGUGACGGCCGUGAGCAGGAUCUCUGAACAACUGGCUAAAGUCUCCUUUAAAGAUGUGCAGUCUGUGGACCGCGUACUUCAGAAGCCUCACAGACUGGAGCAGAUGGACUUGAUUGUGAAACCUUAUUAUUCUUUUUUGCACUCGGAGGAAGGAGCGUCUGAGACGAGUUUACAGAACGGGACGGGUCAGGGUGUAGAUGAUCAGGUUAGCGCCGUAUCACCUGCGAGCAGCACACACUCUGAUCUCCUCAGCGGUGCAUCAUCACUGUCCCACAGUAAGGAGGACCCGACACCUGACCUCCAGGUGACUCCACAACAUGCAGACCUUCCCACAAACACUUCGCAGGUCGUUCAACCUCCACCUGAACAACAGCCCUGCGUCUGCCACAUCUCCGUCCCCGACCCUGCUAAACGUGACCUCCUCGCCCUCUCCGACCUUCCUGACAAGCUGAGAAAGUCUCACCCCGGGUACGAGAUCAGAGUGACGCAGAACAGCGUGGAGGUGAAAGGCCCCGCCCGAGACCAAGCUGAGAAACUGAAGAGCAAGCUGCUGGAGUUCCUGAGCGGCGUGUCGCAGGUCCACGUCCCCGUCAGCGCUCUGAAAGCCGACUUCCUCCAGAGACAGGACGUCAGAGACAAACUGACCGACAAGCUGAAGGACCAAGGACUGCCCUGCACGUACGCGGUAACGGGGGGAGUGCUGAAUGUAAGCUCCGCCUCCACGCAGAUGGUGACCCGGGCGAGCGAGGUGAUAAAAGGCGCGGUCAGCGAGUUCGUCCUGCCCGUGGAUCCUGAGUACGAGUACAUGAUCAACUCUGAGGAGUGGAAAACCUUACUCCUGACUCAGGACCCAUGCAGCAUCGAAGCGUCGUCCCAGGGGAAUGCCGUCUCCGUGGUGACGCUGAAGGACAUGGAGCAGGAGGUGAAGGACAACGUGGUUCGGUUCCUCAGCACACCCAUACAGAAGGAGAUUGUAAUCAGCAUGCAGCCCGCCAUGCUCACCUACAUCCAGCUGCACCAUCAACAGCUGCUCAUGGACAUGGCCGAGGCCAUCAUCUUCCCCCUCGACACUGGGGACGGGCUCAGCAUCCAGGGAAGCCCCAUUGUGUGUCAGACCGCAGCCGAGCUUCUGUCCAACCUGGUGUCCUCCACGUACAACAAGAUCAUCACCGUCAAUCAGCCCGGCAUCGCGCGCUUCCUGCUGCACGACCCUGAGGGGAUGAGCAUCCUGGGAGAGAUGACCGCCAAGUUCCAGGUCUACAUCAAUCUGGAGAGGGUGCACUGGGAGCCGCUGGAGGACCAGGACAUCUUUGCGUUGGCGUGGAAAAUGAGUCAGAACUUUGUGAGGACCUCGUCGGCUCAGUGUUUAACGGAUCUGGAGGCUAGCGAGCUCGCGGCGACUGAUAAAGACACCUCAGCUCGUAUAGAAGAGGCUAAGAAGAUACUGUCGUUGCUGGAGAGUGAUCGCCCUCACACCGCGGCGGCGGAGGAGGAGGAGGAGGAGGAGGAAAUGGAUCUGUACUCAGACUUAUCUUCAAGAGAGCAGAUAGAAACACAGGACUCGAGUACAGCCGAGAAUCAGCAGGGAGACCGCGUCAGUCUGGAUGAAGACGCUUAUCUGUCUCUGGCCAUCCAGCUGUCCAUGGAGCAGAGUCAGGACCCAGAUCGGCUGGCGGAAGAGGAACUGCAGAAAGUCCUCCAACUCUCCAAGGACGAAGCGAUGUCGGUGGACGAGACCCACAUGCUGGAGAAGGUGGUGGACGUGUCUCUGCAGGACGCCAUCAGAGCGGCGAACACGGCGCAGAUCGAGGUGUUUGCGUGUUACACGCACGACCUGGUGCGCGUGGAUAUCGCUCUGGGGAAGAAGGUGGGCUUGAGGCAGUGUGAGGAGAAGCUGCAGCACAAGAGCUUCAGGAAGCUGUCGGCCUUCCACCGGCGCUGCUUGGACCUCAUCAGGAGGAAGCAUGGCGUGGAGAUCCAGAUCCAGGGCACCACCGCCAUCAUCUCGGGGUUUAAGCACUACGUCGCCGGAGCGAUGCCCGAUCUGAACGAGCUGCUGGAGAAAGCGGCCGGAGGCACCACGGACGCCGAGAUCCUGAAGACCGUGCAGUGGGUGUGGCACGACAGAGAGCACUCAGCGGCGACGCCGUACCCGCCCGAAGCCACAGUGUUCAUCGAAAACGCCUGGAGGAUGAAGCAGGACAAGCUCGACAUCCUGUUCAACAACCAGCCGUAUAUCAUCGAUUUUACGAAGAUGCAGGAGCUCAGCGUGUCGUCCGGACGAGCCGUGCCCGUUUCAAGGAAACUCGUCAGCUCUGUCGACCUUUACACCGAAUUCCAAGACGAUUACAGCCUGCUGUCGGACGUCCCGGACGCCGUGAGACUCCAGAAAGACUCCGAAGAAUAUAACGAAGUCACUGCGGAAUUCUUCAGCGGCCUUUCUGCCGAACAGAACAACGUCCAAAUCGUCAAGGUGGAGAAGCUGAUGAACCGGCUGCUGUACAGUCAGUACCGGCUGAAGAAGGCCGACAUGGAGCAGAAGGUUCGAGGCGAUGUGGAGCGAACGCUGUACCACGGCACCAGCGAGAGCAGCGUGAAGGAGAUCUGCAUCCACGGCUUCAACAGGAGCUUCUGCGGCAAAAACGCCACGGCGUUCGGACAAGGCGUGUACUUCGCUGUGAAAUCCUCCUACUCGUUCUCCGACACCUACUCGCCCCCCAACGCCGACGGACACAAGUUCAUCUUCGUAGCCAGAGUCCUGACGGGAGACUUCAUCCAGGGAAAGCACGACAUGAGAGCGGCGCCGCUCAGACAGGAAUCGGGCAUCCCGGUGCGCUACCACAGCGUCGUGGACACCGUGAGGGAGCCCACUCUGUUCGUCAUCUUCAACGACACGCAGGCGUACCCACAGUACCUCAUCACCUGCCUGAAGGGGCCCGUGUGACGCGGACACGCCUCCUCCUCAAUCAUCAACAUCUGCAUUAUAUACACUUCUGAUUUACAACAACUUAUUAUUCAGACUUCCAAACUCUCACACACAUGAUUUUACACACGUCUUAUUAAUCAGCGGCUGCGAAAAAUGCAAAUAAAGUAUCAAAUAAAGACUUAAAGUGAGUGUGUGUGUGUGUGUGUGUG